AUGUACGAUUCCACUUCUCGUACGAUGCCUCGACAGAAACGGCAGAAGAACCCGAAUCGCUGCCGGCCCAAGUCCAGAGGAGGCUGUCAACGGUGCAAGCAGAGGCGACGUAGAUGUGAUGAGACCAAACCAAGCUGUCAAGAAUGUGUGAAGAAGGGAUUCGUCUGCCCUGGCUACCAGAAAAAGCCUCUGGAGUGGCGAUAUGUCUUCCGAGACGAGGAUCAAAAUGAGGCGCAUUCGCCGAUUCAGGAGGAAUCACUCUCAGAGAUAGAAUCCUCGAGCUCACCUACCUUGGUGCAGCAGAUAUGCGGUGCGAAUGAGCAAGAGACGCGCAACAGCACAGAGCUCGAGGACCUGUGGCACGAAGCUAGCUCGACGCUACUUGAUCAAUUGCCAGGAGUAGAUGCGACGCCCAACAUGCCAUUGAAAGAUCAUUGCUUGUUGAACGACUUCGCCACAACCCGGGAUACUGUUGAGCCAGACAGUUUAACGAUGUUGCGUCGGCGGCUGGCGAAUACAUCAAUACCAUCCUUCCUGAUCCAAAUGCCGGCAAUUCUAGUCCAAUACUAUUUCGAUUAUGUCUGCAAGUCCUGGUCAUCCUUUGACUCGCCGUUAAAUCCAUUUCGCAUUAUUGUCAGUCGUCUCUGGAGUCGGAAUGCAGCAAUUUACUAUGCCAUCCAAAGCAUGGCGGCUGCGUCAUUAGCCAAUGACUUUCCAGGCAUGAGGGCGAUCGGAAUACAAACGCAGCAGCAAGCGAUCGCAUGCCUACGGAACAACCCACGGAUAGGCACGUUGCAUCGGGAUAACCAAGACGAUGAGUUCUUCCUAGCGCUUUUGAUGAUUGGAUUGACGACUUCCUGGCACAACGCCUCUGAUUUAGGAUUGGAAUACCUGAAAGAGGCCAAAGAUCACCUCAUACAGAAACAACAAAUGUGCCAAGAUCCUGACUCGACCUUUGCCAAGCAAUAUCCUUUGUUUCAACAUAAUCUUCUCUAUUGGAACAUGCUGGCCGCUUUUGUGGCAGACGAUUCCAUCCUCCUCAGCGAUGAGAGCGUGUUAGAAAAGCCCGACCCCGAGACUUCUGUGUAUUUGAUUGAUGGCCAGACUCUUCCACACCCUUGGACUGGACCUCUCUCCCAAUCACUGAGACUUUUCUACCAAACCGCUCGAGUGAUUCGAUCUGCUCGUAUAUUCCACCGCACACACGUGGAAAACAUUGAUCUAGCAACAUUUGACUUUGAUCAUCUGGUUAAAGAAAUUGGCCUGCGCCAGAAGGCCGAACGUCUGGAAGAGGAUAUUCUAUUCACGAGUCUUCCAUUGUACUGUGGCCCUGUCGAUGUCGGCGACACCAACACACCUCCUUCUCAUUUUAUUUUUCUGGCAGAAACAUAUCGCUGCGCUGCGCUUCUACAAAUUUAUCAUGUCUUUCCAGAAAUUUUGGAAGACCGGUUACAUCUUAAUGAGAGACCCGAGAUAGAAAAACCGGCGUUGUUUGCACUUCUCUUCUCAGAGAAUCCACCUGCGCAUUCGGCAGAGGACACUCGGCGAAUAUUGGCGUUACAUAUCGUUUCCCUUCUGGAUGAACUCCCUUCGAUGUCGGGUACAAGGUUCAUGCAGCUGAUUCUCCUGACCUGUGUAUCGAGCGAUCUCGUUUUCUCUACAGACGCUCUGUUUGGACCCACAGCAAAUGCCCUUACUUGCCUCAACAUUCUCGAUGUGGAGAUUGCCCAGGCAAGACGGAAGGUCAGCACCCGUCUUUCUGAGCUCACUUUGAAUAUACCGAAGCUACCGAUGCAACGUAUAUCGAAGAUUGUUCACGAAGUUUGGGAGCGAGCAGAUUCUGGAAGGGGAGGAUAUUGGCUCGAUAUAAUGAUUGAACUGAAUCUUGAAACGAUGAUGGGAUAA